CGUCACUCCUCACGAGUCUAUUUAUAAAGGCCGAGCCGUGUCUAACGCAGCGUCUCAAACAUUCCAGUCCAUUCAGAAAAAAAACUAAACGCAGAGAGAAGGAAUGGAUUCUACGGUGGCGACCGGACCCAGUUUUGCCAAGCCUGACGCUCGGUUGCUGACCCGCACAAGCCCCGCAGCUGCUUGCUGGAGCGAGUUCGUCACGGGCUAAAAUUCCAGAGGUCUUAAAAUGCCUCCAGACAUCACAGCCUGCCAGGUGAUCUCACACACUCCGAACUCAAACAAAUUGUUGCUUUGCUCUGAUCCCUUUGGUCUCAGGGUGGCUAAAAGUCUCCCUCCACAACCAAACGCUUCCACUUCUGUUGGCAAAAUGAGCAUUGGAGCCAUGAUUGUUGCAAUGGACUGGCUGAGGAAGUGUUGGCACCUCUGGCAGAAUUUCCCAGCAAACUUGAUGGCAGCUAUAUGGACAGGCAUUGCUCGGUGGGCAAUGCCCAUCUUGGAAAAGACAGUGAAUCACUUAGAGGGCAAAGGAUUUGAAAGAGGUGGAAGCCAAAUAGAGAGCCAAAACUUGAAAAGGGGUCAUCUCGAAUAUCUAAUCAUGAGUAGUCAUGGAAGAUCCACAGUAAAGGACACUGAGAGCUUGGUUGAAGAUGGAUACUUUGCAGAAUACCUGUCUGGUUUUGAAUGUGCUGAAAUGGAUAAGAUGCACAUGGAAGAGGACGGCUUUUCCGAGCUGUGUUCAAUGAGUCCUUCCAUAUUUUUGGACAUUGGAAAUUAUUGGGAAGGUUCUUCAAAGAAAGUCCUAGCCCCGGAGGACAUGGAGAAUCACAGAGAUUUUUCCAAGGAGUGGCUGGAAGAUGGUUAUCAUCCACAAAUAGACUCCAGAAUUGCUGGAAUUUUUGGAAAAAACCUGCAAAAUGGUUGCAGCCAGCAUGAAGAGAUAAAUGAUUUUGAAGAGGGUCUUUGGCAGAUCUUGGAAAGUACCUCUGUUUUCCAGAAAGAAAAAGGCCAGAUGAUGAACAAUGAUUUGGCAAUGCAUGAAGACCAAAGUUCAGCAACUCCACUUAGUACCCCAAAAAUAGGUGAACUGCUCGAAAUGAACGUGGAAGAUGGAGAUGAGGGUGCUAAAAAAAUGCAGCCCACUUCAGCUCCUUGUGAUUUUAAAAGCUCCCUUGUCCUUUCCUUGUUCUACAGUCCAUCAGAAGAAGAGGGGGAUGAAGAAGAUGAUUCAGAGGACUCGUGGAGUGAGGAUGAAACGGACGCAAGUACACCUUUGGGACUAUCUUUACAUAACAGCGAUUCAGGAAAUGGGACGGCUGCUUUCGAAGCAGAAGAUGAGUUUCUUGAGAAUCUCUGUGGGCCUUUCUCCAUGAACAAUGAUCCUUUCCACCCGCUCUGCUUUUCUAAGCCCACUAAGGCUGUCACACCUCCCAGCUCUUCCCCACCUAAACCCAAGAACCAUGAAGAAAUCACUGUUUCUUUUUAUCUAAUGCAACAGGAUUCUAAACCUGAGCAAUUGUGUGGCCCUUCAAAACAACCUUGGCCUCGAAAGGAUCCAAGGGCUACCCACAGAAGGUCAAUUCAUAAUUGCUGCCAACCGGACACCGGGAAAAGCUAUGACACUGUCACCUCAGAAACGUCAUCCACUCAGGAUGAAAGCCAGGUGAUCAAAAAGGUUCGAUUCUCAUCUGUGGUCACCAUCCACCCAUUAAUUGCCUGGGAUUAUGCCUCCCGAACCGCCCGCCGGGGCCCCUGGGAGGAGAUGGCCCGUGACCGCUGCCGUUUCCACCGGAGGAUUGCCCAGGUGGGGGCCAUUCUUCAGCCUUGCCUAGAGAUGGAACACCGGGCCAAAAUGUGGAGAAAACUCCAUGGGGUUCAGGACUGUGCUACGAAAGAAGAUAACACAAAGGCGCCUCUCCUUUCCAGCUCUGCUAAGAUGAAGGAGCUGGAUCUACAAAGUCUGGAAUGAAAUGUCUCCUCAAGGUGGCAACCAGACAAACAAGGGUUAUACAAUUUUGCUAACCAGUGCAUAUAAUCCAUUUGUCUGUAGCUGUGAAAUCCCUUUAAAGUACCAUCUUUAACUACAGUAUGAUGACAAAAAUCUGUAAUCUGGGAUCUUGAAUAUUUUUCUGGGUGGGGUAGAGUGUUGACUAGAAAUGAAGGAUGUUUUCAGAAAACAUGCACUGAUUUGAAACUACUACUGCUACCUCUGUCAAUUUUAAAAAGCAUAAACCAUGACCUCAUAUGUAAUAAUGCAAAUAUAUUUGUCUGAGAGAGGUUUUUUUAAAAAUAGAUCAUGUUUACUGUAAUGUAAAUGUAUUGCAUAGGCCUUUGCAUAUUGUUGCAAUUGGCCUGUAAUUUGCAUUUGUAUUUAUGGGCUGAGGAAUCGAGAGAAGGGAUCUCCCAAAGUCUCAGAAAAAUCUGUUUCUAAAAUACCUCUUAAAUUAUCUCCUAGUUCAAUAACAUGGUAAAUACACAGCAUCCCACAGUUCCCUCACAUAUGGGGAUUUGGCAUCCUGUUUCUUUACAUACAUCAGAUCUCUCAAAGCCAGCCUUUGCUGUCCUGUACAACAGAUAAUUUGUAUUUACUUUUCUGUUUAAAUUAAAAAUGUGUUGUUAAAUUAUUGGAGUGAGUUUUCCCCCUGGUGGGGACAGUUUUUUUUUUCCUUAUAUGAAUAAACUUUAAUGUAAUCAUUAAAUUAUUUUUAUUUUAAAAUCUUA